GGAGCCUCCUCUCCCUCUCCCUCUUCCUCUUCCUCCCAAGGCAAGGCAGGAGCAAGCAUGGCGGAGCCGCCGCGAGUGUCUUUCCGUGACGGCCGCCUCUCGUCGCAGAAGGCGGAGGAGGCCGCAUGGAGGCGGCAUCAGGCAGCGGCCUGGCUUGAGACCAUGGUGGGCUCCUUCGGCUUGCCCCCUUGCCCGUCGGACCAACAAUUUGUUGCUGCUCUAAGAAAUGGCAUUAUCCUAUGCAAGGCAAUUAACAGGGUACAACAGGGUGCUGUGCCCAAGGUUGUUGCAAAUGCCCCCUGCGAUAGCCAGCCAUCCACUGCGUUUCAGUAUUUCGAGAACAUCCGCAACUUCUUAGUUGCUGUCCAAAAGCUGAAGCUACCGACUUUUGAGGCCUCUGAUUUAGAAAAGGACAAUCUGGAUGUUGCUUCGGUGGGCAAGAUUGUCGACUGUGUCAUUUCAUUGAAGUCUUACCAUGAGUGGAAGCAAGGCGGCAGAGCCAAUGUGCCUCUCAAGUACAUGAAAUCACCUCUUGCAACGCGUUCGUCACUGGUUCAGUCUGAAAAUGUUGCUUUGGGACCUUCAUCCUUCCAAAAGCGUCUAGACUUGGCAGAAGCUGAUGCUGACAGACAACCAUUUCAAAAUGUGGAUCAAGAGGCAAUGGAGAAACUUCAGAAAGUUAUUCUUGAUUGCAUCUUGAGUCAUAAAGAAAAUUUUGACCAAGAAGUUCUGAAAAAGUUCAAGCACCUUCAGUUUCUUUCUCCAGGAGAGCUUACAAAAAAGUCAACUCAGAGAAUUGAGUGUUCUAACUCACAAAUUGAGGAAAGACAACGGCUCUUGCAAGCACAUGAAACAGAACUUUCAGAGCUCAAGAAAAUGUUUCAAGAUGUUAAAGUUGACUUCAGGUCUUUGCAGACCCAAUUCCAAGAUGACAUAACGAAAUUAGGUGACAAUAUCCAAGAGCUUUCCAAAGCUGCUCUUGGUUAUAACCAAGCUGUAAAAGAAAACAGAAACUUGUAUAACAUGCUUCAAGAACUGCGAGGAAAUAUCCGAGUCCUCUGCCGGAUAAGGCCACUUCUUAAUUCGGAGUCUAUUUCUUCAAUUGACCAUAUUGGAAAUGAUGGCUCAGUAAUGGUCUGUGAUCCAUUUAAACCACAAAGUACGUGUAAAAUCUUCCAGUUCAACCAAGUUUUUGGGCCGACAACUACUCAAGAUGAGGUGUACAAGGAGACACAACCGUUGAUUAGAUCUGUCAUGGAUGGAUAUAAUGUAUGCAUCUUUGCUUAUGGGCAGACAGGUUCUGGCAAAACCCAUACAAUGUGUGGUCCAUCUGGUGGGUUGCCUAAGGAUUUUGGAAUCAAUUACUUGGCAUUGAAUGAUCUCUUCGAUAUAUCAACUUCUAGGGAAGAUGUGAAGUAUGAUAUACGGGUGCAGAUGGUUGAAAUUUACAACGAACAAGUUCGUGAUCUUCUAAGUGAGGACACUUCAAGCACAAAAUUAGAUAUAAGGGCUUCCUCAAACAAUGGUCUGUUGAACCUUCCAGAUGCAAAGAUCUGCCCUGUGCAGUCCCCUUAUGACGUUAUCAAUUUAAUGCAGUUGGGCGAAAAGCACCGAGCUUCUGGUUCAACAGCAAUGAACCACAGGAGCAGUCGUUCCCACAGUAUCUUAACUGUCCAUGUAAAUGGGAAGGACAUAUCUGGCAAUGUGAGCCGUAGCAGUUUGCAUUUGGUAGAUCUUGCAGGAAGUGAAAGGGUUGAUAGGUCAGAAGCCACAGGAGAAAGAUUGAAGGAGGCUCAGCAUAUUAACAAGUCACUUUCCUGCCUUGGAGAUGUUAUCAACGCAUUAGCUCUGAAGAAUUCUCACAUUCCUUACAGAAAUAGCAAACUCACCCAACUGCUACAGAGUUCAUUAGGGGGAAAUGCGAAGACACUUAUGUUUGCUCACAUAAGUCCGGAGGCAGAAUCUUAUGCAGAAUCUCUUAGUACAUUGAAAUUUGCUCAAAGGGCUUCUACUGUAGAACUUGGAACUGCGCAUGCAAACAAAGAAAGCGGAGAAAUAAGAGAGCUUAAAGAACAGGUAGACACUCUGAAAAAGGCAUUGGCAAGCAAAGAGUUGGAAAAAACAUCACUUAAACUCAAGGAGAACACAAUAACGAGUGAGAGAACAAAGAAACUACUGGAUCACACCCCUCCGAGGUCACAGAGGUUAAGCUUAGAGAAUGCUAGUUCUGGUAAAGCCAGAAUGCCAGAAGGAAAGACUCCAAAAUCGCCUAGUUCAACGAUGAGUUUCACCGAAGAUCAGGGGGUAACCCAUGACAAAGAAUGCAGCUCUGUUGGCUUCCAUCACACCAAGCGCCACAAAUCAAUAAUACAGAUGUCAGCAACUUUCCCUGAAGAUCCUGUCAGAGAGAACGAGAAGAUAAUUUCUACAGUUGAUACAGUGGGAUUUUGUCAACUACCCCCUGAUGCUUAUAAUAUGAUUAAGCAAUCAGGAUUACAUACUCCAGAGAGAACACCUUGCAGGUCAAAGAACAUGAGCACUGAAGUGAGUCGCGCUCAUGACCCUUCUACAACUGCGAAAUCGGGGAAAAUAAUGACAAGUAAUGCAACGAAGAAAGGAUCACAUUUAAGGAAGUCAAUUCAGAGCAGCAUAGGGAGAAUGAUUCAUGGCUCUGAAAGAAGGAAUAAUCAACAUUCAGCACAAGGGACUCCAGCUAAAAUCACUAGGAACGCAUGCCAUGAUAUUGCAUCCCCAGUUAUAGCUGAUGUUAGGUUAUGGAGGAGACAGUCAUUGGCAGGUCUCCCACCACCGCCCUCAACUAUGUCACACAGAUCCUCCCUUGGAGGAAGGUCGGAUAUAAGUUCAAACGAUAAAAGAGGUGCCAAAACACCACCGCCGGUGAAUUCAGCGAUAAAGGUGAAAAGAUGGCUGUGAAUCUGAAGCGAAACUCGUCAGAAAAUUUUGACUUGAAGCAGAGCUGUCCAAAACUGAUACAUUCUUUCAUGUCAUCAGUCAACUAUAUUUUCUCAUGCUAAAAACAAAGGAAGUUGGCUUGGGUGGUUACAUUCUUUGUAACGACUGAAACAUGUUUCUAGAGGUUGUAUCAAUUGGAAUCGGUAAAACAGGCCCUUGUGUGUGUUGUAUUCUGAAUUUCUGAUGUGUAUUCACUUGUUGGAUCUUCUAGAGAAACUGCACAGGUGGUUCAACUGAAUAAUUGAGCAGCGAAAAUACAGUCACGUCUGGUAGGGUCGCUAGCAACAUGUGCUACUUGAAUUUCAUUACAUGAGCACUUCUGAGAUUAACAUUUUCCACUUCUCUAAUGAAAUUGGCUGAGAACAGUCCUUUU